UGCUGUCGUCACCAAACCAGCUGAUCUCCGACUCUCUCAUGCUGUUUGUUUAUUGUUUUAAUUCAUCUUUGUGGUUGAUUUUGUUUCCAUUUUCUCAUUUAUCCAAAUGGAUCCCAAUUCCUCAUUAAAACCUGAGUUAAUUGCUCUUCUAAUCCGUUCGGCAGUCGCUGGUGUGAUCACUUAUUAUGGAAUUAAAUUAGCAGUUAAUCUUAUGGAUCCAACGAUGUCACAGAAAAAGAAAGCCAAAAACAAGGCGAUUGAGAUUCUCAGGAAUCUUGGAAUUAGUGAUAAAAGUGAUGAUCUAAAUGAACACGAAUUCACCAUUGCCAGUGAUCUGUUAAAUCCAACGGAAAUUGAUGUUACUUUUAAUGAUAUCGCAGGUUUGGAUAAUAUAAUUGAAGAAUUGAAUCUUCAGGUUAUUCUACCGCUGAUCCAUCCAGAAUAUUUUGAAUCGAAUCUGAGACAACCACCAAGAGGUGUUCUAUUCCAUGGGCCCCCAGGGUGUGGAAAGACAAUGUUGGCUAAAGCGAUCGCUAAACAGGCAAACGUCAGAUUCAUGAAUUUGAGUGUUUCCGCUUUGACCGAUAAAUGGUAUGGAGAAUCACAGAAAUUGGCCCAGGCUGUUUUCACUUUAGCCAUGAAGAUACAACCUUGCAUUAUAUUCAUUGAUGAGAUUGAUUCAUUUCUGCGAUCAAGAGAUUCCCAUGAUCAUGAAGCAACAGCCAUGAUGAAAGCUCAAUUCAUGACACUUUGGGAAGGAAUUUUAUCUUCAAAAAAAUCUCAGAUUGUUCUAAUUGGUGCUACUAAUCGACCUCAGGACGUUGAUAAGGCCGUUUUACGACGAAUGCCUUGUAUGUUUCAAAUCGAUUUACCUAAAGAAACAGAACGAAGACAAAUUUUGGAAUUAACCUUGAAACAUGAAGAUCUUCAUGAAAAUGUUGAUCUCAGUGAAAUCGCCGCGCUGACCCAUGGAUACUCUGGAAGUGACCUAAAAGACUUGUGCCGAAGAGCGGCCAUGAAAAGUCUUAAAGAACUAAAUAGAAACCUUUUCUCUCUUUCGAGAGAUGUGACCUCCGAAAACAGUUCCAAUUCCAAUUCGGUUGAAUGUUCACCUACCCAAGGCUCAAUUUCAUCGAAUGCAAGAGAAAUUCUAUCGCAAACUCCAGAGUUAAGAUCGAUCACGAUGGAAGAUUUCAUUCACGCCGUUAAUUCAAUUGACAAAUCGCGAACAGGAAUCAAACCAACUCUAUCGAAAAUGCCUCCAUUGGAUUAGAAAUUAAUUUAACCAUUUGAAAAUUUUUCUUCAUUUUCUUUUCUUCCCCGUAGAGUUAAACAGUCACAAUCUUUUCUUGUCGCAAUUAACGUAACAAUUGAUUAUAGAAAAAUGUAAAUAAAGGACUGGAAAUCAAUUAGAUUUGAUUUUCAUUGUUAUUACACUGGAA